UGACAAUGCGACACAUCAAUAACACUGAUAAAUGUGCCAGUAUACCCAUCAAUAUGUUCAACAAAAAGUAUGGUGUCAUAGAAUGGAAAACAUUUUUUGAAGGAUUGGCUUCCAAAACAUUCACGGGGAAUGAACUGGUAGAAAUUUAUAAUGUAGAGUUUAUGAAUGGAAUUUUCUCACAUAUGAAGAAUUAUGAUGAAAGGGGUCUUGUGGAAUUACUUCAAGAAUUUUCAAGUUUUCAGUUUUAUACACACUUUCUUCGACACUACAAUGAUAGAACACUUUUCUGCAUGGAUCUUUCCCAGCAGCUGAUGCCUGACGUCACAACUGUAAUACUUUACGACGUGAAGGGUUCACUCCAAAUAAAUAACUCAUUAUCCAAUCUCAAGAAAAUAUUCGAUGAUGUCAAAAAUAUUCUCAAAAAUUUUCUCAGUGAAUCAUCCUUAGACGAUGAUACAAAAAGUUCAUACGAAAAGAAACUGAGUAAACUGGAAUUGGGUUUAAUACGAUCUGGUGACAGAAACAGAACACAUAAUAAUUACCUGUCCUUGGUUGUGACGAAAAACUACACGACAAAUCUCCAGAAUCUUCUUAAAAACUAUAGAAGGACAUUAUUUUCUUUUGUGGGGAACAAGUCAUCUGCGGAAACAUUAUUGAAUUUUUUCGUUGGUCCAUUUACCAAUACACCAAAGACGUUUUAUCCCAGCAACUUUGUAGUUUGGCACCCACCACUAUAUGAUGAACAAUAUUUCUAUCUCUCCAAUUAUUUGGGAGUAGCAAAAAUUGGAUUACUCUUAGCCCAGGAAGUAGCUAAGCACUUUGAUCCUAUUGGUAGAUUAUUCAGAACAGGUGACGUUUCUACUUCGAGCAAUGAUUAUUACUCAAUGAUCAUUUCUAACACAGAAAAAAUUCUGUAUGAAUAUUACUUGAAAACACCAUAUACUUUUCAUGGAACAUCUAUUGAUUUUUUGAGCAUUAACGGAUCGCACUUCAUUAAUGAAAUGAUUGCUGACUACACUGCUUUUCGAAUCAGUACCCAUUAUUUUGAAACCAAUACGAUACGAGAGAGACUCCCAUGGAUUUUUAAUAACAUCACCGAAGAACAAAUAUUUAUUAUCGCUGCUGCACAAGAGUUUUGCGGAAGAUACUCCAAAGCUGAGUUCCUCAGGAAUAUACUUGAAGGGAGACGACUACCAUUUCCGAUCAAAAUACAGAAUAUGAUGAGCAACUCUCCGUCUUUCUCAAAGGCAUUUAAGUGUAGUGAUGGAUCAGCGAUGACCCUAGAUAGUUCUGUGAUGGUACAAUUCCCCUAUAAAUCUGAAGCUAUCUACUAUGAAUAUGAAGAACCAUCUCUCAGUAACGAUUUCUAAUGAGAAUCUACAGUGUCACCGAUAAAGUCCGCAUCAAAUGGGAAGCUUUUUUUUUAUCGUUUUAUGUGAAAUUUGAU